AUGAAAACUCGCUUCACAUAUGAUUUGUUAUGUAAGGAUAUGACGAUUCAUAUCAUUCGCACUCGUUUACUUGACAUAGCGUACGUGAUCUUUGGACAAAAGACGCAUGUCAAACUGAACAAAAUCGACUCUUUUUUUCUUCUACAUCAUCAAAUGACAACUGCCCCUAGUUCAUUUUAUUCAAUUGAUUUCCCAAUUGACUUUCAUACUACGAUUCAUUCGUCGAACAAAUCUAAUAACUAA